AUGAUAGCAACAUUUCAAGAUAUUUCAAUAAUAGAAUUACUACACACAUUACAAGAACCUGCGCCUCAGUACGUACUAGGUUGUGGACCGGCUGUAGCAACAAUAGGUACAUCGCCAGAGAGUGGUUUAAUAAAUAAAUUAUUAUGGUUAUUACGAUGUCUUGGUUGUCCAUUUACCGGAUUGUUUUACGCCUGUGGAAUACGUAAUGAUCCAAUAGCAAUGAGUAUAUACUGGCUCACAUCAGACCAUUUUAGGAGAGAUGGAAAUAUACUUCCCUACAGACCUUUUGGUCUUUAUACUAUGAAAAUAGCAGAAGACGAGCGGAAUGAAGAAGUUAUUAGAUUACUCAAAGAAUGUAUGGCAGAGGCCUCCGUAUUAGGUAGACUUAGUUCGUUGGCCUCCGCGUACUAUAUAUUCCUUGGUAUAUUUACAGGGCUAAUCAAGGCACUGCAAAUAGGACCAUGUACUGAAGAGGAUUGGCCAUAUCUGCCACUAGCAUUAGCCUGGACAUUGCCAGCAAUCUGUAGGAGAGUAUUUGGAGGAAAAAUGAUAGUCAACGAUCCCAGAGUUAGGUUAAGAGAUAUGCACGUUGUUGUGAGUGACCUGCAACAUCACGAAAGUCACGAAAAAAGUGCACAAGUUUCUAAAGUUUUGAUCAUCCUUUUAUUCUCAAUAUUAAUUCCUUGGAUAUCGGUACUUCUAGCCUAUUUUACCCGUCCAAAAAUAUAUAGCUGCCGAAGCAUAUAUCUCACAGUAUUGUCUUCUAUUUGGUCAUUCAAUAAUGUUAUUGCAUAUAUAUCUCAUAUUUUAGGAGAAAAAUCUGUAGAGGGUAAUAAAUUCAUUCAUGGAUGGUUUUGCCUUUGUGGUUCUAUAAUUUUUAUUCUUUUGAUUUUAUUAGGUCUGCUAAGCCAUACACGAUCAUGGUGGUUAGAACUAUUCGGAGGCUGUACCAUUAAGUGUUGA